AUGUCGUCUCAUACAGUGGGCUCCUCGCCGGGCAAACAUUCUCUUACAGGCUCGCGUCAGCACUCUGCCGCUGUACCUGACGCCAAAACAAAGCGUAAAAACCACGUCUACGACAUGAGCGGAAAAUUUGCUGGGCCUAUGCCGGCCGACACCUUCCUGAAGACAUUUUUACCACUUCCUCGAUCGACCCUCAAAACCCGAAAAGCUGCAACGCGUGAAUGCUCUGAGAAGAUCCUCCCGCCUGAGUACAAAUGGGUUAACACUGCAACCACCAUGGAUGAAAAAGAAGGGGGGAAGAGGAGAUCUCAGCUGGUGGACAUGGGCCUAUAUCAUUCUGACCACGUCCCGUAUUCUGAGCAGAAUGGCUCUCCGCCCAAACCGCGAUGGGAUCGUGUGAUGCUCUGCGCCGAGUUCAAGUCGCACGCUAACACCAACACAAUGGAUCCUUUUGAGGACGAUCCAACGAAGUGGUCUGAAGCAGUAUCGCAGCCGCGCCAGGACAUGCGGGGUCAGAUCGUAGGCUAUGCCGCCCAGAUGCUGGCUCAGCAGCACCGCACACAUGUCUUUACUCUCAUUGUCCUUGGCGCAUGGGCACGGUUCAUUCGAUGGGAUCAUUCCGGGGCAGUAUUUUUGGAGAGAAUCCGUUACGCACAGUGUUCCCAGCAAAUCUCCGAGUUCCUCUGGAGGUUUGUGAAGUCCAGUCGUCAGCAGCAAGGAUACGACGAAACCAUCAAGGAGAUUGUGAAGGACUCCACCGAGUACAAUCUUCUGCUUGCUGCUCGGGACGCCAAUGAGGAGCAGUAA